AUGGAGGUGUUCGAGGGCGUGGACUUCGUGCGGCUGCGGAGCAUGCAGCACGGCGGCGCGUACGUGCACGCCGCCAAGGACGGGCGCUCCGUCCGCCUCCACCGCACCGGCCUGUCCUGGUCGUACAACGCGGUGUGGGCAGUGCAGCUGCGUAUCUCCGCCUCAGGCACGCUCUACGUCCUCCUCCGCGGCGCCUACGGCCGGUACCUCGGGGCCCCCGACGCCAGCACGCGCGGCUCCCUCUGCCCGUUCCCUCCCCCCUGCCGGGUUGCCGCGCAGCGCGACUUCGACGAGCCGGAGGUCCUCGCCAUCAUGUGGCGGGCCGUCGCCACGGGCCGCCGCGGCCGGGGCGCAUUGCUGCUGCACGACGCGUCCGGGCGCUACCUCCGCGCCAACUCGAGGUGCCUCCUGCCGUGCCGCUCCAGCGUCUCCGUCUCCUCCUGCAGCAGCCUCGGCACGGCGGUUCAGUGGGUGGUGGAGGCCGUCCCCCGGCUCCAGGCCAGGCCAUACCUCCCGAUAGCGCGUGAUUCGGAGUGGGGCAAGCUCUUCGCCCUGGUGUGCCCACCGCUGUCCCGCCUCUGGGUGCGGUGGUUCUCCUUGGAGCGGGAGAUACGGUGGGUGCGGGCCGACGACUCCGGCGCCUUCAGCGAGGACGACUGGGCCUCGAUACGGUACACCGGGAGGCACACGAUCCUGAUGAAGGGACAGGUAGUGAACCUGCUGGACCCUCCGGAGUCCGCCUCCAGCUGCACUCUCUGCGUCCGCGCCGGUCGCUACGGGGAGCCGAGCCCUCUGGCCAUCAACCUGCCUCGCAGCCGGGAGCCGUUGGACGUGGUGAUUUUCCGGGUCGGCUCAAGAGCGGAUGAUGAGCUGAUAUACCCAGAUGUGAUGGCACCGGAGAUGGCACGGGCAGCGCCAGCGGACGACGACGAACCACUGCUCUGA